GUGACCACACCGGAACUUCCACAAGAGCUGAGAAAAGCUUUGAUCUUACGCAAAUGGAGCUUUAUCGGUCCAAAACAGUACCCAACAACCCUUUGUUGCAAAAGAUAUGAGGAUCUCUCGCCCGCACUCAACCAUCAAGUCCUCGAUCGCUCAAAUGCAGAGAGUGUUCGACUGUUGCUGCACUGUAAACAAUCAUACCCAUUCAUGAUCUCAUCCCACCCAGAUGCCACCUCGUCGACCGGUGUCGCCGCUUAGUCUGGAAACAUGCUCUCCGCCAACUUCCGAUCUAGGCAACGAUGGUCUUCUCGGUUCCGACGAUGAGCUCAACGACGAGGAACGUGCUGCGCAACGUCGGAGGAUUGAGAGACUUGCCGAGUCAUAUCUCCAGGGCAAACCCCUCUUCAUCCUCUCGGCUUCGCUACGGGGGCGCUUUGACGAAGGCUGGGUGAACCCUUGGAAGACCAAUAGGAAACGAACGAUACCGCCUGGCCGCAAUACUAUACGGCCGCCCAAAGAGCCCGAGAUUCCAACGAGCCCCGUAAUACAUGAAACUAACUCUCGCAGACGAAGAACAUACCAGGAGCCCCAGGAAGUCCGCGAAUCCAGACCACCCACUGUCGCUCCAGAUUCAGAUAUACAUGUCUCAGGUCGCAGUAGACAUGCUUCUGCUCGUCUCGGUCGCUCGAGUGAUAAACGUAAUAGCAGGUCGGUUUCUCCGAACACGUCUCGGAGGUCAAUACCGUGGGCGAGACCAGUCGAUCCAAAUGCACAGUUGCAGCCUUUCAGUACUUCGAGACACGCCAACGAGUCUUGGUUGAAGAAAGAUCGGAAACAAAUUAGCUUUCAAAAUGUUGAGCCGCCCACAUCCCCAACAACAACAUUAUCGUCCCGCCACUCAAGCAAGAGUCGCGCCUCCAAAGACGCUAGAGUAAACAGCCAGACUACAUCAUUUGAACAUAAAGAUGGAUCCUUUUCAGAACGGAGCAUAUUAAGUUCCCCUGCACCGGAUGGCCCUGGUCCUGAACCUCUCGAUGUCAGCCGUGUUCCAAACAGCAUCGCCUCUUCCCCUGCCAAGGAGCAGCGCCUUCCUGGUCUUGGAAUAGAAGGGACCACCUCCGGAGCAAUGAGCCAAGGACAUUCAUUCUAUGUCCUAGCUCCAUCGUCACAUCUACCGCAGUUCGAGUACCGUCGGAGGAAGUCUCGUGUCUCAAACGAAACAGGAGGCUCCAAAUCUCCCAUCACCGGGAACAUGGAUGCUGAAGAAGAGCCACGCCCAGCAGAUUUCGCAAGAGGUGCCCAACAUCAGGAGCAAGAGACAUUAUCUCCACAAGAUAUGCUUUUAGCUCAUGCCAAUAGACACAACCGGUCCGAGGCCGACAAAAACCCCAAAGACCUUUUUAUUUCUACCAGCACUACCAAAGCGAUUGGCAAUGUAUCUAUUUCUCAGUCAGCAAAGUUCCGAUCUACAAGCACUGUGAAUAAGGGGAACACUAGUGAGAGGUUGCCGUCAGCUCAACAAGUGCGUGCAAACCCAACAAUGACAGACAUCACGUCUUUGCAUUCGAUUGCAGUGCCAAGAAGCAACUCGGAGUAUGACGGCGACACCAUCCCCGAUCUUCAGUUCUCUACUCAGGCAGCUCUCCUUCACGCACAGAGGUCGUUCCAGAAUGACCUCGAUAGCCCGGAACAUGAUUCAGCAUCUCCAGAAAGACAGCAUACGCCCAAUUCCUCCAACCUUUCUUCACCUAUAGCGAAGGAUAUCACUCCUUUCCAUCGACUCUCAACACCCAAUAGAGCUGGAGGGAGUGCGGGAGCCAAGGCACCUUUGACUGCCGGCCAGUGGCAAAGCACCCAGUGCAUGAUUGAUGCAGUUACGCCGUUUACCUUCAGUACGGAAAAGAAGCCAAACCGUCGGACCAUAUCCCCAGUGAAGCACCUAACAGGUAGAAAAAAGUUGAAAACUGCCAGCUUUAAGCUAUCAUCACCCCCCUCGUCUCCCUCUAGUGAGGCACAUUGCGAACAGGACAAUAAUUACAUACACUCGAGUCCUGUUCCCCGUCAGUCUCCUGGGCAUGAGACGCAGCAUAGUGUCCUUCCAAUGACAUUAACGGGGACAACGCCACCCACUGCUCAGGGAGGGCAGCAGGAUAUCCCAGGUGCCGACAGCUUUAAUCUUGCUCAGGCGAUCGCUGAUGCAGGCAGCUGGCUGCAACAGAGCUUUGACCUCAACAGGGAUCUCAGAUUGUGUGAAACCUCUAAGUCAGGCCCGACUUCUUCGGCUGGCACACGACGAUCUGCAAUGGGCGUGGAUGGUAAAAAGUGACCUACGUCCCAGGGCAAGCUGUGAAAGUGUUCAUACUCUUGCACGCAUUUUCUUAGAUAGACAACAUGGUGGAGCUGGUCUUCUCUCAGGGUGACAGUCCUCCGUGUCGGUAUGACCUUGUUAUCUUUGGUCAAGGUAUCUCACCUGUGACGCAUUUACGAUUUG